CUGGAGGACGCAGGUGAGGAGGGGACCGGUGAGCUGGGAGGAGGGGGGAGGAUGGAGAAGUGGGGGAAAGGAGGGGCGUAUGGACGAGGCGACACCACUGACUGGGAUGGAAGCAAAAACGAACAGAGAGAUGGGGUCUCCAGAGCCGCAGUCAGGUCAAUCUGAAGAGCUGGGCGCCCCUUGUUUUCUCUUCUAAGGAUUUCCCCAUCCUUCCCCUGGCACCAUGCUUUCCCCACAAAGGGCCUUGCUCUGUAACCUUAAUCACAUCCAUCUUCAGCAUGUCUCCCUGGGCCUGCACCUGUCCCGCCGUCCAGAGCUCAGGGAAGGGCCCCUGAGCACGCCACCACCUCCUGGAGACACAGGGGGCAAGGAAAGUGGAGUACCCUGUAGUGGGACUUUGGUGGAUGCCAACUCCAACAGCCCUGCAGUUCCCUGCCGUUGCUGCCGUGAGCAUGGUCCAGAACUGGAGAAUCGUCAAGGAGAAACAGAGGAGGAAGAAGAGGGGGUGGUAUCCCCCUCAGACCCUGGCUGCUCAUCUUCACUCAGCACCUGCUCAGACCUCACUCCUGAUGAAUCUCCCAUCUCUGUCUAUUCCCGGGACUUCCCUCCAGAGGAGGAAGCCCAUCCUCAGCCUAGCAUUAUCCCUUUGGAUGAAGGCUCUCCUCUGACCACAGGAGGUCCUGACUGUAGCCCAGACAGCUUCUGCUGCUCCCCGGAUUCUUGCUCGGGAGCCUCCUCCCCUUCUGUCACUGGCUUAGACUCCAAUUGCAAUGCUUUGCCCACCUUCCAGAAACAUCACCCCUCAGUAGCAGGUGAAGAGGGAGAGGGAAGAGAGCAGAAUCUCCCUACCACUGAGCUCCUUGAACAGGCCUUGGAGACAGACAAUGGGAAAAUUGAUGCUGGCGGGAAAACUGGAUCCAGUUGGAAAAUCAUUUCCAGUUGUAAAAUUGACCCUGUUAACACUGACUCUGGUUGGAAAACUGACCCUGAAAAUAAUGACCCUGGCUGGCAAAUCAAUGGGAAUUCGGACACUACCUGGAAAACCAGUACUGACUCCACUUGGAAACUCACUGAGAAGAAUACUGAUGCUAGCUGGAAAACUGGCCCUGGAUACACCGACUCCUCUUGGAAAACUAGCAUUGGGAAUACUGACUCUGCUUGGAAAUUCAAUGAGAAUACUGACUUUGGCAAAAGCGAUUCCACUAGGAAAACUAACACUGAGAAUACCGACUCUAGCUGGAAAACCAAUGCUGGGAAAAUUGAAGGUGACGUCAGUGGGGAACCUGUGCCCCACCGGACGAUCACAUCCUUUCACGAGCUGGCCCAGAAGCGGAAACGGGGCUCAGGGCUUCUCCUCCCCCCACAGGCCAAGAAGGACAGGAGUGACUGGUUAAUCAUCUUUUCCCCAGACACAGAACUGCCUCCCAGUGGGGCUCUGAAUGGCUCCCCUGCCCCUCCCCGGGAGGUCACCACCUUCAAGGAGCUUCGCUCCCGAAGCCGGGCCCCACCCCCUCCAGUGCCACCUAGGGACCCCCCAGCUGGCUGGGCUUUGGUCCCACCGAGGCCUCCACCUCCACCAGUCCCACCCCGAAGGAAGAAGACCCGCCUGGGGUUGCAGCCCAUUGCUGAAGGGAGGCCUGGGGAUGUUAGGCCUGGCAGUCCAGUGGCGGCUGAUGACGUUCCUGUAGGGAAGGAAGCAGCCCAGCCCAGGGAGCCCCCUGACACGGAGGCUGGCCCCCUCCUCCUCCCUCGGCCCUUGGUUUUUCGGUUUUCGGCCGACGGUCGGCCCCUCUUGGAGGGCGCGGGAGCGGGGGGAGCCGGCUCCUUGCUCUUGGCCCCACUGGCUGGGUGGCCUGGCCCGGGGCUGCGACUGCUCGGGGGGCCGAGCCCCACGGAGGAGCAGCUGCUGCCCGUGCGCCUGUCGCCCAUAGGGGCUUAUUCGCCCCCGGCCCGGGGGGCCUUGCCCUGCCUGGCCAGUCCCGAGCUGGCGCUGCUGCUGUCCCCGCUCUUCCCCAGAAGCAGCACCUUUCCCUCUGCGGCUCCCCCACCCCGCCAGGUAGCCGCCCCCCUGCCGCCACCGCCACAGCCGAAGGCCCCGCGCAGACCCAGGAGCCCGCCACCGCCGCCCAGGCAACUCCGGAGUUCCUGGUCCUUUGCUGGUGUACCUGGGUCCCAGUGCCUGUGGAUGGCAGAGGCGAAGCAGGGAUCUGGCCAGCUGCAAGAGGAGAAGAAAGGCCUCCUGAUUGCAGUUAGUGCCUCAGUGGACAAAAUCAUCUCCCAUUUUGGGGCAGCCAGGAACUUGGUGCAGAAGGCCCAGCUGGGGGAUAGCCGAUUGAGCCCUGAUGUGGGACACCUGGUGCUGACCACGUUGUGUCCCGCCCUCCAUGCCUUGGUGGCUGAUGGACUGAAACCAUUUAGAAAGGAUCUCAUCACAGGGCAGCGGAGGAGCAAUCCCUGGAGUGUUGUGGAAGCAUCUGUGAAACCCGGUUCCUGCACCCACUCCCUGGGAAACCUGUAUAACCAGGUCAGCCGACUGACCCCUCUUAGCAGCAGCCGAAGCCGGUUCCAUGCCUUCAUCCUCGGCCUCCUCAACACAAAACAGCUGGAGAUAUGGUUUUCCAGUCUCCAAGAGGAUACAGGCCUCCUGUCCCUAUUGUACCUGCCUACAGCCUUCUUUUCACUGGCCCGAGGAGGCUGCCCAUCACUCUCCACCGAGCUGUUGCUUCUGCUCCAGCCUCUGUCUGUCCUUACCUUCCACUUGGAUCUCCUUUUUGAGCACCACCAUCACUUGCCCUUGGGUCCUCCCCAUCCCCCAACUCCUCCAGGACCACCACCUGCACUGCAGCAGACAGUCCAGGCUGUGUUGGGCUGGGGGGGACGGUUGGCGCAGAGUCUUCGGGGAGGUACAGGCGAGGCACCCCAAGGUCCCUCUCCAUCUAGUGGCUGGUGGGAACAGCUGACCCAGGCUUCCCGGGUCUAUGCCUCAAGUGGGGCAGAGGGCUUCCCUCUUCCCCGCUGGGGUUCCCGGAAACAGGGUGCUCCAACUGAGAGCAACAAGGAGAAUCCACCACCAGGAGAAGAGCCAGGCCAGGCCAGAGGCAUGUGGCUGGGGAGACUCUUUGGGGUCUCAGCAGGAACAACAGAGACAGACUGCGGUCCACUGAAGUCCAGGAGACCAUCCAGCUGGCUGCCUCCCGCUGUGAGUGUGCUGGCCUUGGUGAGAAAGGGUAGCCCCCCUGAGCCACCCUCUCCUCCGGAAGAGCUUGAGGCCCCAGCCCCCAGUGACCUCCCUACACACAGGGCAGUUCGGGCUCUCUGUGAUCACACGGCGGCUGGACCCGAUCAGUUGAGCUUUCGGCGUGGGGAGGUGCUGCGUGUUGUCUCCACUGUGGAUGAGGACUGGCUCCGCUGUGGUCGAGAUGGGGCUGAGGGUCUUGUGCCUGUGGGGUACACUUCCCUCAUUCUCUAGCCUUCGGCUGACCCCUUUCCCCUUCCCCUUCCCGUGUAUGUGCGACCCUUCCUGUCACCCGGGAAUGGAGUGGCCCUGAAGCAUCCUUCCCCUCACGUCAAAUGAAGCUUACUGGAAGCAUUCUCCCCAUCUGUAAAAUGGAACUGUCCUCCUUGCCUCUCUUGGAUUUCAUAUAGAACUUCCCUUCCUCAUACUCCUAUCUGUAAAUUUCCAUCCAUCCCUGAUCUGUAAAGUGGAAUUUGUUUUUUGCCCAAUCCCUCCCAUAUGUAAUAUGGAACUGUACCCUUCCCCCUGCCCCCAUCUCUAAAGUGGAAAUCCCUACUUUGUCCUCAUCAGUAGGUAAACUCUACCAAUAUACUUGGCCCCAUCCCACUUCCUCCCCCACCCAAGUGGAUGGCAUCUGAAACCAGUACCUCCCCCUUCCAUUGGUCUGUAUUUAUUGAGCAAUCAUGGUGAACUUAUAUGCUGUAGCACUGACCUCAUUAGUGGGGGGCCCUGGGCCACCCCACCAAAGUCACGUUCCAAUAAAGUGUGGA